AUGUCUAAGGUUCUCAAGCAGUUUGAGGAAGCUCUUUUUAAGAGGGGACUUUAUAAAAAGUUGUUCCAGAAGCAAACACCAGGAAAGCGUAUUGCACCGGCGCAAGCGAAGGAUAAUGACACCAAGUUCCAGGUCCGACUAGAUGCAGGCGAGGUGCAAAAUGGCAUUAAGAAGGUUUAUUUACAGGUGAACUCACAGGCGAAGAACGAUUCGCUCAAGAGGUGGAGGGAGAAGCAUGGGACCCAUAGUAAUCUUGCA